CCACCUCCCACACCCAAACAUCACUCACAGAGUGCAGAAACAAGUGCUACACAUUUCCCUCUUAAGGGUCACUCGCUUUCCAAGCAAGGAAGAGGAAGGAGCCACAUAAACGUCUUGACCGAGAAUUCUCUCCCUGUCGGAGUUGGGAUUUUUUUAAUUUUUUAAAAACAUUUUUAACCAGGACUGAUCAAUACAGACAACAUGUGCACUGGAACAUGUUCCCGUUGCAUUGCUGUGACUUUGUACCCAUUAGCGCUCAUAUCCAUCAUCUGUAACAUUGUAUUGUUCUUUCCUGGUGGAGACAUGAAGUAUGUUAAAGAUGGACAUAUUACUGAAGAGGUGAAAUACAUGGGAGGACUCAUCGGCGGGGGUGUCAUGGUGUUGCUGCCUGCACUUUACAUCCACCUGACAGGAAAACAAGGAUGCUGUGGGAAUCGCUGUGGGAUGUUCUUAUCAAUUGCAUUUGCUGCAGUGGGCGUGGCCGGGGCCUUGUACAGUUUGAGUGUAGCUGUGCUUGGAUUGAAGAACGGUCCCCUUUGUAAAGUCCUCCUGAUAUGGACAACGCCUUUCAAAGACAGUGAUCUGAAUUACCUGACUGAGGACAAAUGGUGGGGGAAAUGCACAGAGCCUAAGAACAUUGUUCAGUUCAACGCUGGACUGUUUGGUACCCUGUUGGCCUGCAGCUGUCUGCAGCUGGUUCUCUGUGCCAUCCAGAUGAUCAAUGGUCUCUUUGGCUGCCUGUGUGGAACCUGCAGCCGCAAAACAGUCAUCUAGAAAACUCCACGCUGACAGAGGACACCUUGCUUUUACUACCCUAUGCAUUGCCUGAUGUCUCUGGCGCUGGUGGCCUCCGUGCGCCCUCUGUUGGCAAGCUGCUGCAGUUGCAUAAAAGGAGCUGCAACUUGACACAUUUUAUGUAAAUUUCACCAGAUGUCUCACUAACGCAAAAAUGUAAAUUUCUAGUAUCACUAAUUCACUUUAAUUCAUACUUCCAUGAAUGGCAUAGCAGUUUUACACAAAACCACACAUGACAACAAGCUUUACAGAGAAAAGUUUAAUAUGAAUUUCCAAACUACAAUAUCAAGGUUGUUAUAUAUACUGUACACAACUACUUUUAGUGUUCAACUGUUGGUGUUAUGUUAAUAAACAGAUUUAUCG